AUGGAGAAAAAACACAGAAUCAGGCGACUUGUACUUGCAAGCAUUGAUGACCCCUACACCCUAGAUCAGCUCCGCGAGCCUAGGAUGAACUCAUUGGUUGUCCGACCUCUGGUAGAUCGCCUAUACGAUCCUGACGAUCCAACUGUCGGCUUACUCAUCCUGGCACAUAUUCUCGUCGAAGGAUUCGACCCAUUCCAAGGUGCUCCCGAGGAAGUUGAGAGCGAAUGCAGACAAGCCCAGUGGCCCAUUCAGCGCCGAGACGGCCAUGAGAGAAAGCUCACGACUUUGGAGCUGGCCAUCAUUUCCGAAAGCAAACUCUUUCUGAGUUCUUCAGCCUGCCAAAGGCUCGUCGACGCGGUUUGGCAAGGGGUCGUCACUUAUACCCCCUUGUCGUUUGUCGAUAUUCUCCCGGAUCACUACGAGUAUGCCUCGGUCUCGCUCUACGAGCCGCAUAGGGCACCGUUACUGGACGAUAGACGGCUCAUCGUACCGUGGAUUAGGCAAGUGACUGAGCUGUUCCAGUUCAUCACUCUCGUCGGUCUGUAUCUCUUGACAAUGGUAUAUCGGAGUAACCCCACUAUCAGUGGAUGGGAAUGCCUGUUUGCUGUCUACACGGCCGGGUGGACUCUUAACGAGUUCGCGGCAAUCAUUGAGCAUGGUUGGGCAGUCCACUCCCAGACUCUGUGGUCUUUUCUUGAUAUAACCUUCAGCUUCAUAUUCAGCUGCUACAUCUUCGCUCGGGUAUAUGACGUCUUGGCGUAUGGCGGCGUCAUCGCCGACGGCUACGGGGUGCACAUUCUAUGCUUGGCAGCUCCUGUACUACUUACCCGUGUGGCCUUUACGAUCAUGCCAGACAACAUUGUUUUCAUCGGCAUGCACGCCAUGAUGAAGGAUUUCACCCGCCUAACCUUCAUCUCAAUAUGGUGCUUCAUGGGCUUCUUCCUGUCCCUGCAAUGGCUGAUAGGUAGCAACGAAACGGCCACCAACGGAAGCGGUCAACCUGCCUUGAACUGGUACGAUACCUGCAAGUGGCUCAUCUGGACGUGGUUCGGCCUGGAUGGCACUGGAAUUGACCGCUCUGAUGAGUUCCACCCCAUUCUGGGGCCAGCUCUGAUGAUUGCAUUUGCAUUUCUUGGCAAUAUCCUCUUCCUCACGAUCCUGGUCGCGCUGUUGAGUAAUACCUUCUCAAAGCUCAUCGCCGACGCGCCUGCCGAGAUCCAAUUUCGACGAGCUGUACUCACCUUUGCCGGUGUCAAGAGCGACUCAAUUUUCGCGUACCCCCCACCGUUCAAUCUGAUGGCCAUCGCGAUCCUCCUCCCACUCAAGUCUGUUCUUAGCCCGCGAUCGUUCCAUGAUCUCAACAUCUCUGUCAUCCGAACACUGAACGCGCCAGCGCUGCUCAUCAUUAGCGCUCUGGAACGUCGCCGCCUCGCUCACCCCCGUCGCGCACGGUCGCAGUCUUUGCUGAACUGGAGCUUCAGUGGGUUCAACCCGCACGGAGACAUUCAGGCCGUUUUCAAGGUGGAGCCGCCGCCGGGGGUGGAGCGAGCUCUGGAGGAGUUGGAUAACCUGAGCGAUAUCAAGAUCGCGGAGGAGAAUGGCGAGGAGAAGGCGGCCUGGGAGAAUGGUGUCUCCAAUUAG